AUGUCUUUCAGCAUCCGCAACACCAUUGCCCUGGGCGCAUUAUCCGCUCUCGCCGCGGCACAAACCACGCCGCCCAAGCUGGACGCAACCUGCGCCGAUGUAGUCAUCUUCAUGGCUCGCGGAAACGAUGCUCCUUACCGUGAUGGACGCACCUUUCCGUUUGUCGAAGCAACCUGUGGCAAGUUGAUUGCCGAGGGCAAGACGUGUGACCACAUCGAUAUUCAGUUCGACGUUACCCUCGGUGGGGACUACUGCGCUCAGGUGGCAGAGGGAGCCCGCAAUGGUAUCUCUCAGAUUACCGCCUUCAGCCAAAAGUGCCCUUGCACACACAUAGUAGUUAAUGGGUACUCUGAGGGAGCCCAUGUUGUUGGUGAUGUCUUGGGUGGGCCAGGUGGUUGCUCCUUUGUGAGCAACGGUCUUGACAGCACCUCUCCUGCUGGCAAAGCCAUUGCUGCGGCUCUGCUGUGGGGAGAUGUCAUGCACACCGCGAACCAACCUUACAAUGUCCUCGACGGUGCCAGCAAGCAAAAGAACCCACGCGCGCCUGGAGACCUCGCCCUUUUGAACCGCUAUGCACCCGUCCUUCGCUCUUACUGUGCAGCUGGAGAUCCAGUUUGUGCUGGAGGUGAAAUCGUCGCUGAUCACCUGAACUACUUUGAGCUCUACACCGACGAGGCUUCGUCCUGGGUCGUGUCCAAGAUCAAUGGCGUUGCACCUCUGCCUUCUUGUGCUGUGUCCAGCUCUUCCAGCUCAUCUUCCGUACCUACUCCUACCGCUAGUGUUUCCGCUUCAUCUGUCGUACAGACCCCUACCGCUACUGUGUCUGCUUCGUCUAUUGUACAGACCCCUACCGCUACUGUGUCGGCUUCAUCUGUCGUCGCACCCAUUGAUUCCUCGAGUGCGGGUGAGCCUUACGUUCCUACCGCUUCCGAGGGCGCAGAGACACCAUAUCCGACUUCCCCGGCCACUGUUUCUCCAUUCCCUCCACCAGUCGACUACGAUGCGUGUGUCCUCCAGGUUCACGUAGAGUAUGUCUACGCCCACAUGUAA